AUGAUGUUCAAAUCCGCCUCUGUCAUCGCAGUUCUCGCCGCCGUUGGUACUUUGUCAGCUUACGGCGCGCCUAUCGGAUAUUCGGAGCGUACAUCGGGACGCGCUAUCGCCAUAAAUCGCGAUGUCCAUCAGACAGUCGCACCGAUAGCAAUAAACCGAGACAUUUCUUCUAGUGAGAUUGCUCGCAGAAUUGUCAACGUUACUUCAACGGACGAGCCGCAUCCCCCACCAAAUGAGAAAAGGACUGGGCCACCGGGCCCUCCGGGCCCGCCUGGUGUGCGCCCACAGUCUCCUGAGCACUACCGAAAUAUGCAGAAGAAAGGGGGUCCUAAAGGGGGUCCUAAAGGGAUGCCGAAGGAUGGUCCUCCUCCCUCUGGGAUGGAUGGCCAGAGCCCCCCGCCCCCAGACUUCCCGCCUCCGCCUCAGAAUGUCGAUGGUCCGCCUGGCACCACCCCGCCUGGGUUCUGCCCGUGUGCCCCGUCGUUGCAGCCCGAUGGGAACAGCCCAGUGACUACGCCGGGAGGGGAUCAAGAUAAACCCGGCGAUCUGCCACCGCCCCCACCUCCACCACCUGUCAACCCCCCAAUUGGCGCUCCCUCAGACGACAACGAAUCAAAUCCCACUGACGAUGCGCCCAACGGUGAUGGUUCCGCCGAUGGCAAAGGCCCCGGGGAUGUGCCUCCCCCGGAAUCCAAGCCUGAUGGUGUCAAGCCACCGGGAGCACCUUCUCCUACCGAUGCCUGCGAUGACGAUGCCCCUACCUCGACCCCAGGUGACUCCAAGAAGAGGCGAUUUCAUACACGUGGAGACCAAGUCCCUACGACUGGAAAUUUGGGAAAGACAUUAGGCAAAGAUCUCCUCGAGCUAAACCCCGACGAUGGUGUACUGGCAAAGGCACCAGAGCCCACGCAGCGUACAAACGAGAGCCGUGAUGAUUGGAAACGUAUACCACCCAAGUUCAUACGCCGACAUGUUCCCCCGUCGGUCCUGAACUCUUACUGGUCAUGA